UGUGCGACAAAUGUGUCGCGUUUGUUGCGGGCGUCGGUUCGUCUCGUUCUCAUUCUCGUUCCCGUUUUCGUUUUCGUCUCUUUUCUGAUUGCAAUCUCGCAACUUGCAACAUAUUUUGUGAAGUGCAGUGAAGUGUUCGAGUUAUUAUAGUGAUUAAUAAGAGUCAGCAUUAAGAUGACUAAAUACAAUAAUACAAACGCCAUGCUAACGAGUUCAGGCUCAGCCAGUGGCAUUAAACAGGAAUAUAGCAGUUACCAUCAGCAACAGGGACUUCCAACGGAGUACGGAUAUAGCAGCAACAAUUUGCAGCAUGCAAAUAACACGCACAAUCCUCAUCAGACACUGCAUCAUUUCUUCAAUCGCUUCAAUGCCGUCGGCGAUGUCAACAACGCCGCCUGCACUUACAGCGCUCGUCAGUCCACAGAGCAGAGCAAACAGCUCUCGAUGACAUCCUCGCCCAUUUACACCACGGACUACGACGACGAGGACAGCAGCCUCAGCUCUGAGGAGCAUGUUCUUGCGCCCCUCGUCUGCGCAUCGGCGCAAUCAUCGAGACCUUGCCUUACCUGGGCCUGCAAGGCGUGUAAAAAGAAGAGCGUCACCGUCGAUCGACGGAAGGCAGCCACAAUGCGCGAACGACGGCGUCUCAGAAAGGUUAACGAGGCCUUUGAGAUCUUGAAGCGACGCACAUCAUCCAAUCCCAACCAGCGUCUGCCCAAGGUCGAGAUCUUGCGCAACGCCAUCGAGUACAUCGAAAGUCUCGAGGAUCUGCUUCAGGAAUCAACGCCCACGCGGGAUGGUGACAAUCUGGCGCCCAGUUUGAGCGGAAAGAGUUGCCAGUCCGAUUAUCUGAGCUCGUAUGCGGGCGCAUAUCUGGAGGAUAAACUGAAUUUCUACAACAGACACAUGGAGAAAUAUGGACAAUUUACAGAUUUCGAUAGCAGCAGCAAUGCGAAUGGUUCCAGCUUGGAUUGCCUCAAUCUGAUUGUGCAGAGCAUCAACAAGAGCAACACAACUUCAGCUCCCAUGCAGAGUGUGUCCAGCAAAUCCGCAACAACAUCCGCAUCCUCAGUUGCAUCCACAAGUGAUGCAAAGUCAACAACUUCGUUGCAUGCCAACUUCAAGAAGAAGUGCAGCACUUAGCAUACAUUUGAUAGUUGCCUAGUUAAUUGUAAAGUUAUUUUCUAAGUGACAGCACCAAAGGAUACACGUUAUACAGAUAAAGUGAAAGGAACUUUAGUG